GCCCCUGGCGGGGCAGACGUCAGUAUUUGCUUGUGUUCAGUCUAUGGAGUCAUUUGGUGCCGGCGGCGACGCGGAGGCAGGUGCCGGUGUCCAAGUGGGGGCCUCUGCCCCGCAAGGAUGUUGCCGGGCUUGGCCGCCGCCACUGCGGCCCACAGAUGUAGCUGGUCUUUUCUGUGCCGGCUUCGUUUGAGCUGCAGGGUAGCGGCCCGCGGCUCCAGCGACCGCCAGGAAUGGCAGAAUUUAGUGACAUUUGGAAACUUUGCGUACAUGGUUCCCUAUCGUCACCCACACAUUUGUGCACUGAGCCAAGUAAAGUUAUACUCUACAAAUAUCCAAAAGGAAGGGCAGGAAUCACAAACUCUCAGAGUAGAAAAAGUACCCACUUUUGGUGAAACAGCAGAAAAUAUAGGUGCAGAACUCAAAGCUCCACUAAAGCAAGAACCUCUCCAAGUAAGGGUCAAAGCAGUUCUUAAGAAAAGGGAAUAUGGAUCAAAAUACACUCAGAAUAAUUUCAUCACUGGAGUCAGAGCAAUAAAUGAGUUCUGCCUCAAAUCCAGUGAUCUAGAACAGCUUCGAAAAAUCAGACGACGAAGUCCCCAUGAAGAUACUGAGUCCUUUACUGUAUAUUUGAGAUCAGAUGUGGAGGCCAAAUCUUUGGAGGUUUGGGGAAGUCCUGAAGCUCUUGCUAGAGAGAAAAAGCUGCGUAAAGAAGCAGAAAUAGAAUACAGAGAACGGCUGUUUAGAAACCAAAAAAUAUUGAGAGAAUACAGAGAUUUCUUGGGAAACACCAAACCACGUUCCAGAACAGCAUCAGUUUUCUUCAAGGGACCAGGAAAAGUGGUAAUGGUUGCCAUUUGCAUCAAUGGUUUAAACUGCUUCUUUAAAUUUCUUGCAUGGAUUUAUACGGGUUCAGCAAGUAUGUUCUCAGAAGCUAUACACUCAUUGUCUGAUACCUGCAAUCAGGGUUUACUAGCAGUGGGCAUCAGUAAAUCUGUUCAAACACCAGAUCCUACUCAUCCGUAUGGAUUUUCAAAUAUGCGCUAUAUUUCUUCACUAAUUAGCGGUGUUGGUAUUUUUAUGAUGGGUGCAGGACUUUCUUGGUACCAUGGAAUUAUGGGAUUGCUUCAUCCUGAGCCAAUGGAAUCCCUCCUAUGGGCAUAUUGUAUUUUAGCAGGAUCAUUGGUGUCUGAAGGAGCAACGCUUCUUGUUGCCAUAAAUGAACUUCGUAGGAGUGCUCGGGCCAAAGGAAUGUCAUUUUAUAAGUAUGUAAUGGAAAGUCGUGAUCCUAGUACCAAUGUUAUAUUAUUGGAGGAUACUGCAGCAGUCUUGGGAGUGACAAUAGCGGCUACUUGCAUGGGCCUUACUUCUCUAACAGGCAAUCCGCUGUAUGACAGCCUCGGUUCUUUGGGUGUGGGCACCUUGUUAGGCGUGGUCUCCGCGUUCCUGAUCUACACUAACACUGAAGCACUCUUAGGACGAUCUAUCCAACCCGAGCAAGUACAGCGGCUUACUGAACUCCUGGAGAAUGACCCGUCAGUAAGGGCAAUUCAUGAUGUUAAAGCCACAGACCUGGGAUUAGGAAAAGUAAGAUUUAAGGCAGAAGUAGAUUUCGAUGGGCGAGUUGUUACAAGAUCGUAUUUGGAGAAACAAGAUUUUGACCAAAUGCUACAAGAAAUUCAAGAAGUGAAAACUCCUGAAGAACUAGAGACAUUUAUGCUUAAACAUGGAGAAAAUAUUAUCGACACUUUAGGAGCUGAAGUUGAUAGGCUUGAAAAGGAACUGAAGAAACGAAAUCCUGAAGUUCGACAUGUAGAUUUGGAGAUACUCUAAUCUUGAUGGAGUGAAUCAUCUUGGUGGGGCCUUGGAAACGAGUUUGUUGAGUCUCUACAAAGCACGCGUCCUCCUUUGCAACCUGAAGGAGCCAGUGCCAUUGAGAAGCUAUUUCUUCUAAGAUGGAGUUAAUAUUUUAUGUGAAGAGCAAUUGAACAGGCCACAGAACUAAAACUCCUUCCUUCUAAUCAUGUUUUUUGCUUUAAUAGGGAACAUUUUGGUUACUUAAAUUGUUUAUAAUUUCUCAUUUUAGCCUAGCAUUGUGCAUUGUACAUUGCAAUCAUGUUUCUUUUUUUGCAUUGGUAAGUAGUAUCCGUGGGAUUAUAACUUUCAAUUUUGUUUCUACUAAAGACUUUACUCCAUCAAUAUCUGUCAGGCUUGAAUAUUCUGGCUGAAUGUUGGUGUCUGGUCACUCUGUUUCAGAGUUUGUCUUUCUUGAUAUAAUUUGGAAGUUUUCUGCAUACUUCAUGACUUUAACCUGAGCAUUGAGAGUGGUACUCUCUUAACUUGGUCAUCCACAAAUGUUCAUUCCAGAAAUAACUUAGUUAGUGAAUUGAAUGAAGACCUUUCAGUACCCUCCUUUAAAUCAUAGUUAUUAUUUUCUAAAAUUUAUUUCGCUUUCACUUUUUUCCUUUUUUUAAAUUUUUCUGAUGUUAAGACAUAAAUAGCCCUGAGCAUUUCUAUGAGCCAGUGCGAUGAUUCUUUCUUUCUUUCUCCUCCCUCCUUCUUUGCUUUGUUUUGCUUUGCUUUGUCGCUCCUUCCCUCUCAUCCUCCUUUCUCCCCUCCCUCCUUCCCUCUCUCCCUCCCUUCCUUCCUUUCCUCCCUCCCUCCUUCUGGAAACUGGCUGUAGUGCCAUAAUGUCUGUUUACUGGGAGUUAAUGCAUUUAUAAGCAUUUUAACAUUCUGUAAAAUGGACUAGAAAUAUUUAUAAUUUUACAGAUAGGAUAGCAUUUUAUUUUUAAUUUAUUUAAAAGGCACUACUUAAGUAAAUAUGAUCUGUGGGGUUUUUUGCUUCGAGAGAGAGAAGUAACUCUUACACUGAAACUUGUGUCAUGACUUUGUAUAAUACAGUCAGUAGUGUGUCUGUGACUUUCUUGCAGUUACAAAUGGGCAUUUAGCAUAUUGCUAUAACAUAUGUAAGCGAAGAGCUUUCUGAUGACUGUGGGCUAGCAAGGUGAAAAAACAUGUGCUUCCGUAAUUGAAAAUGUAGUGAAAAGCAACAGCUUUCUCCAGAACACACUCUGCACUUUAUAAUGUCCAGGUAGCAGUGAGCACUGUUCAUGGGAGAGUGUGGAUGCUGCUCUCUUUGUUGGGUGAGUGCUUGACACAGGGGCCUAACUCCUUACGUGAAGUUAGCGUCUUAAAACUUACUGAGGUGGAAGUAAGUUUCAUAACAGAUUGCCGUGAAUUAUAACAGAUUGUCCCAUUGGAAACAAAAAAUAAAUCUUUGAUUGAAGGGUU